AUGUUCAAGAAGUGGAAGGCUGGCUCGGAUAACAAGCCGAAGGCCAAGGAAACUGCGCCGGUGCAGACCGAGAAGCCAGCUGCCCAUCCGGCCAGUCUCGAGGCCUUCAAGGACGACGCCCUCCAUAUCGAGGUAUCCCACGAGGAAGAAACUGAUCCCGAGCUUGAGUAUCGAGUAGUGACCCAGGACCUGAAUGUUCCCUAUGGUGAUGGAUCAGACAAGAUUUUUGGUAUGGAAAACUUUGGAAAUACAUGCUACUGUAACUCCAUUCUGCAGUGUCUGUUCUACACGGUUGCAUUCAGAAGGGCGGUUUUGACGUUCCCUGAGCGUGACCCUGUUCACAGGCGCAAGCGCAAACUGAAAGUGAAUGGCACAAAACCUCAUGCGUUUGUUCUUGGAACGCAACCGCUUUCUCAGCAGUCGCAGACUCAGGCCCAAUCGCAACCGACGUCUAACGGAAAAGAUGAAAAGAAAAGGCGGUCCUCGAUAUUUGCUCUGAAGAACGAGCCGGCUUCAUCUGCGGUACCAGCAGCUCCUGCUGCGUCGGCGACUCAUACCACGAGCCAACCGUUGAACAUUCCCAUCCUGAACUUCCCCAACGUGGAAAGGUAUCUGGUUUCGAGAUGGCCGUCGUUUGCGGACCUCAACAUCAAGUUUGCACUCAACCAGCAGAAGAACAUAACAAUCGUGGGGAUUGUUGGAGAUCCAAACGCUAACUCGGAACAGCGCAAGCGCCAGGCGCUGAUGCGUGGUCCAAUAGUGAACCUGGAUCAAUCGUUCAAUAUGGAGUACGGAAUGGACCAGAGCCUGUACACCGCUCUGAAAGACGUGUUUGAGUGUAUGGCAGAAAACAAUUCUCACGUUGGAGUUGUUUCUCCUCAAAAGUUGAUUGAGGUGCUGAAACGCGAGAACGAGCUGUUCCGGUCGUCAAUGCACCAGGACGCUCACGAGUUCAUCAACUUCUUGAUCAACACUGUUCUGGAGGUUGUGGAUCGCAUGGAAGCACGUACGAGUCAACAUUCGAAUCUCCACGGGAUUUUCGAAGGCUUGCUGACUUCUGAAACGAGAUGUCUUUCUUGUGAGAACGUCUCUACCAGGGACGAGAAGUUCCUAGAUCUGUCGAUUGAUCUCCAGCAAAACUCCUCGAUCACCAACUGUCUAAAGAUGUUCUCGCAAUCUGAAAUGCUCAACGAAUCGAACAAGUUCUAUUGCGAAAAGUGCCAUUCGCUGCAAGAGGCUGCCAAGACAAUCAAGCUCAAGAAACUGCCCCAGGUUCUUGUGCUGCACCUCAAGCGGUUCAAGUAUAUGGAAGAACUCAAUAGAAACAUGAAGUUGUUCUACAGAGUGGAAUACCCAAAGAACUUGCGUGUUUUUAACACCACGGACGACGCGGCCCAACCAGACAAGUUGUACGAGCUGUAUGGUGUGGUUGUUCAUAUCGGUGGAGGUCCUUAUCAUGGCCAUUAUGUUUCCCUGAUAAAGACUGAAAAGUUUGGUUGGCUUCUAUUCGACGAUGAAACCGUUGAAAGUAUUGACGAGGAUUAUGUCUUCCGGUUCUUUGGUGAUGGUCCUGGUUUGGCAACUGCAUAUGUGCUGUUCUACCAGGAGAUUUCCGAGGAAGAGUUUCUUGAAAAGAAUCUUUAUGACGGUUUUGAGGAUGAGCUCGAAACUGAGGGAGAUUCUGGUCAAACGAGUCGUCCUGGUUCACAGACCAAUAUCAACAACUCUGGUGACUCUAACGACAAUCUAUCGGGGCCACAGACUCAGCCUUCCACUGCACCUACAUCUGCACCUGUUUCCGCUGUAUAUGCACCUGUUGAGAAGCCUGAGAAACACGAGAAGGAGAAGAAAAAGCGAAUUUUCAGCUUCAAGAAAUGA